UCUUCAAGUAUAUAUACCCGUACCUUCGAUGGGGUGUGUAAACGAAUCGAACAAAAUGGAAAUUUCAAUCGUUUAAAAUGCUGACCGCCCUGCGUCGUAAAAUUCGGUUUGGAAUGCAGCGCACGGUUCUAAUUGCGGUCCUGCUGGCGGUGGGCAUUUUCAGCUACGCCUUUCUCAACCUCAAGUUCUGCUUCAAAUUGAUGUCCCAUCGGAGCCUCAACUUGAUGUGCCAAAAAUUUGAAAAGCAUGAGUACAGCGGCUCUCUGUGUGAAGAACUUUGUGGUUCACAAUCUUCCUUCGACAACUUCCAAUGUCCACUUAAUGACAUGAAAACUAUCCUUUUUACUGCUGAAAAGAACGGAGAUACUUAUGCGGUGAAGUUGGCCCGGCACAAUGAAGACGAAUUGAGCUGGACAAAUAGUAAGGGGGAGUCCAUAUAUCCCAAGAUCGAGGAGUUCCAUGAGAUCGUAAAGCUGCAUAUCAUACUGGCCUAUAAUGUCACGCUGGAUGAUAAUAUGAUCCGCGCUCUUGUUAACCAGGAAAUAGCAGAUGAUAAUUCUCAGCAAAUGGUUAGUUUUUGGAGACUCUUCAAAGACAACAACUACAUGAUGGGCAAGCUAUUCGAUGAGGAGUCCAUAUUUCCAGCAGUUCUGGGUUCAUGUGGGCCCUAUUAUGCCACCGAGGGAUUGCAGAUCGUUCAGUCCAACCCAAGCAUUAUGCAGUAUCUGGCCUCCAAUCGCUUGCAGCGGCUAAAGCACGCUCUGAAUAUUAUGGAGUAUAUCUUCCGGCUGGACGAAAUGAAGCCGGAACCAUUGAAAAUGUGCAAGAUGCAGGUGAAUCGCUUCGGAACCGCCUCUGAGCGAAGGCUGAAGUACCAGAGUGCCGAGCAUGUUUACGUGGAGAGCCAACUGGACAAGAAAUUGUCGAGGGGCGUCAAGUGCCACACCCACCAGGACUGUCACUUCCACUCCUGCAGGGGAAUGUGCGACGAGGAGAAGCAAUCCUGCACGCACAUCCAGCAGAACAACAACUUCCAGAUAUUCUGCGAGCACAUCCUCCUCGGCGGAGGGACCUUCCAGCCCGGUCUACUCAGCGGCGUGCGCCUCUCGAAGGCGCUCCAAAAGCUGGUGAAGAUGUGCGUCCAGCCGCCCAAGGAGCACCAGGUGCCAGGACGCCAAUGGGCGCCCAACAUGCAGCUCGCUUUGAGGCUCUACAACGAGCUGAAGCAACUUCACCAGGCUGCAGCCGCUGGAUCCGCAGGAACAGAGAUUGCAGACGACGGACAGGCACGUCGGGGAGUCUGAGGAAUUUAUGAUGACCGGCAAUCGGCAGAAAGUAGUUCAAUUAGCGCACAGCUGGCUCAAAACUGAUAGCAUUUUUACAUUAGUCUUAAUUAAACCCAAGUAAAACCGAAAAUGCU